GUUAUAAUUUUUGAUUCUCUAUGUUUUAGGAUCAACAGUCGUACUUUUUAUACUGUGUAAAUACUGUAUAGCCCAGCUUUAGCCCUAAACUUUGUAAAAUUUGUGUUUGUAGAAACAAGAUUCUGCUGAUUGAGUGAAACUCGUUUGGAAUUAAGCCAUAAUGUCGAAUAGAGAUGGUGAUGCUGCAUGCAAAGUGUACGUUGGAAAUCUGGGAAGUUUUGCAUCAAAACAUGAACUAGAAUCUGCAUUCACAAAAUAUGGUCCUCUACGAAAUAUAUGGAUAGCACGUAAUCCUCCAGGAUUUGCUUUUGUUGAGUUUGAAGAUCCCCGUGAUGCAGAAGAUGCUGUCAGAGGUCUUGAUGGAACGCGGUUGUGUGGUACAAGAGUACGAGUAGAAAUGUCUUCAGGCCGAAGGAAGUCUGGUGGUGGUGGUGGCGGUGGCGGGUGGCGGCGGUGGUGGUAGAAGAGCACCUGCAAGGGUUCAUAACACCUGUACCCUGAUGUUAUGGGCGACUUGAAUGAUCGCCCUCUCGAAGGGCGGUCGUUCAGUCAUGCCUCCCCCUUCUGGGUCGCCCGCCCUCGCCACAUCCGCCCCGACAACUGGGAAUCGCCCCACCAUUCCAUCUUGCAUCUAGCAACAUUUCUUCUUUCACCCCGCUCGGCACUCCAUAACUUCUUGGGCAAGACACAAGUCAAUUCAGCCAAAGGCUGAAGCAGUGAGUGUUUCCAGUGUAAAACCUCCUGGAAACUGACUGCAGACAAAAAAUUCACGUGAAAUUACUUUAAAGAGAUCUCUUACCAAACAGUUUUGAUAACAAAUUAUCAUAAGGGCAAAACACUGUUUUCAACACUGUCCCUCCCAGUAAUGCACAUCCAGAAUAUUUCACCCUUAGGAAACUGAUCUGAACUUCCUUUUUCAACUGCAGCCGUUUAUGGUCCCGAUCUCGUUCCCCACGCCGCCGCUCAUUGUCGCGUUCCCGCUCACGCAGUCUGUCACGCAUACCACGCAGACCCUCUCGCUCCACCUCCAGAGACCGUUAUUAAACAUUGUGCAGGGUGGGGUUGUUCUGGUAUGGAUCCAGAUUUGAAGUAUGUGACUACCGCAUCAUUCCCAUUACAGCAAAUAUAUGUAGAGUAGGUUAGGCUUACAAUAAAUUUAAAAUAUAAGUAUUUUACCCAGUGGUUGAUCAAAAAUGUGUUGUGUUUGCACCAUUUUACUUAUUGUGUGAGCUAGUCUAAUGACAUAAUUUGCAAAUAAAAUACUUAUAUAAA